AUGGGUAAGAAUAAAAAGUCAAGAAGUCGUGAUCGUUCAGAGGAGAGAACAUCGAAAAGGCUGCGGAAGCUGGAGGACAAGAUGGAGGAAUUGACGUCAGGAUUUGCUCAAAUCAAAGAUGUUAUGUUGAGGCGUAGUCGAUCGUACUCAGUUUCAGAAGAAGCUGACGUGGAAGGAACUGGAAGUGGUGAUGAUAAGUCGGUCGAGGAAGUGGACGCUAGUGUGGAACCUAGAGAGUCCAGUGCACCGGAACAAGAGACAAUUAAAGACAAGGAAAAUGAAAGUCCUUGGGACCUAGACGCUGAUGCCCUCCGUAUUCUUGGUGAAGAACCUGUUGAAGAAAAACCUAUGUCUGAGGUGAAGGAGUCGUUGUUUGAGAAGUAUCCUCGAAAGGGAAAACUCUCUUUCGAACCUCCGAUUCUAAAUGAAGAAGUUGCAGGUAAUUUGAAAGAAUCGGUGCUGAAGCGAGAUAAAUAUUUUUGUGCAACACAAAUGUUAGCCGGAUCAGCCUUGGCGGCUUUAGCUCCAGUAAUUGAAUCCUUAGCAACUCUCAAAGAUUCAGAUAGUAUUAAAAGGCUAGAACAAGUUUGGGAUGCUGCCGAAUUACUGAUUGAAAUUCACAAAUCUCAAACAGUCGCACGCAGGGCUUGUAUUUUACCAACAUUAUCUAAGCAAAAUGAAACCAACCCCACUAAAGAAACCAUAUGGUACUUCUGGUUCUUUAAACUCCAAGAGCUCGUCGAGUCGGAAGAAGUCAGCGCCUCAGACGAGCGGAAAGUAUUCAUCGAUGAGGAAACCACUGACUUCCAAGUUCCCGACAAAACAAUCAUCAUAUCCCAAGUCCAGUCAUUAUCGCCGGCACCAACGGUCUCAGAACCAUUAAUCACAGAUAAUGUUUGCAUUAAAGGUAAUAAGAUACCCUUUGAAUCAACUCCUAUACAAACUUGUCCACCAUCUGAAAAGUUUUGGUCGGAUCAAGAGCUGACAAACAUCCAAUCAGAGAUUAGUGAAUUGUUAAUGAAAGGUGCAAUUAAGGAAGUGGAAGAGAUUCCAGGACAGUUUUUGUCUCCUUCCUUUUUAGUCCUUAAAACAGAUGGUCAACAGAGGUUUAUUCUUAAUUUAAAGGAUUCAAAUAAGUUUAUCAAUGUGGAACACUUCAAACUCGAGGACCUUAGAUCGGCUUGUAAUCUUUUGGAUCGAGAUAUCUUCAUGGGGACUAUUGAUCUUAAAGACGCGUAUUUUUUGAUUCCAGUAUGGAAAUUGCAUCGAAAAUUUUUAAGAUUUGUUGUUCAAGGAAAACUUUAUGAGUUUGUUUGCCUACCCUUUGGCCUAUGUACAUGCCCAUUGACAUUUACCAAACUGUUGAAGCCAGUAUUAAACUAUCUUCGUCUAAAAAGGUUCUUGUCAGUAAUAUAUUUGGAUGACUUUUUAUGUUUAGGUCACUCAGUUGAGGAGUGUAUGGAGAAUUUACAUCAAACGAUUAAUCUACUCGAGAAAUUAGGUUUUAUAGUCAAUUUUAAAAAGUCCAAAUUGAACCCUGAAAGAAGAUGUAAGUAUUUGGGAUUCAUAUUGGACUCUUCCUUGAUGAGGGUAGAGCUUCCGGAAGAGCAAAAACUUGCAGUACAAAAACAGAUCAAAGACCUUAAAAAGAAGAGUACAAUAAAGAUUCGCGAAUUUGCUAAAGUUAUAGGUUCAGUGGUAGCUUGUUAUUCAGCGGUGGAGUACGGUUUGCUACAUUGCAGAUCGUUUGAGAAAGCAAAGAUCCGAGCGUUAGAGAAAAAUAGAGGUUAUUUUGAUGCAGUGAUGACAAUUCCUAAAUCUGCUCUCACUGAGUGGGAUUGGUGGUUAAAAACUUUACCAAAUGCUAGUAGGAAAAUAAGAAAUAAUCAUUAUGAGAGAACGGUUUACUCGGAUGCAUCUUCAUUUGGAUGGGGGGCUUUUUGUGAAGGUGAAAGCGCCAAUGGGCUAUGGAGCUUGGAGGAAAGAAAUCUUCAUAUAAACCACCUUGAACUCAAAGCGGCUUUAUUAGCCUUGAAAUGCUUUGCUGCGGAUCUAAGGAAUACUGACAUUCUAAUGAUGGUCGACAAUACAACGACAAUGGCGUACAUAAAUAAAAUGAUAGGUGUUCGAUAUUCUGGUCUUCAUAGGUUAGCUUGCGAACUAUGGAAUUGGUGUGAAGUUCGAAAAUUAUGGGUUUAUGCUUCGUACAUCCCAUCAGAAGAAAAUGUCGAAGCUAAUCGAUCAUCAACAAUCGACAAUUCAGAUGCAGAGUGGGAAUUAGCAGACUAUGCGUUUCAAAACAUAGUUAAAAGAUUUGGAAAGUUAGAAAUCGACUUAUUUUCUUCUCGAAUAAAUAUCAAAUGUGAGACCUAUUGUCCAUGGAAAAGAGAUCCAGAAGCUUAUGCAUUUGAUGCCUUUACAAUUAGCUGGUCUGACUGGAUAUUUUAUGCUUUCCCUCCAUUUGCCAUAAUUACUAAAGUAAUAAAGAAAAUUAAGGAUGAUAAAGCUGAGAGUAUUUUAGUUGUACCUCACUGGCCUACCCAGGUUUGGUUUCCAGUUUCCAAAAAAUUAUCAUUAGGGGACUGGAUUUGGUUUGAAGCAGAUCCUAAUCUUUUAAAUUCUUCUUGUAGAUUACGGCAUCAUCCUCUGGCUGCAAGACUUACCCUGGUUGCCGCGAGGCUAUCAGCUAAGCAUUGUUAA